CGUUUCUGUUCUUGAGGCCACAUCCACUUGAAACCUUGCUUGGUGUUCAUAGCAUGGGACCCAACGCGGCCGAAGACGCCGAGGCAACGGCUUUAUUGCCGAGGCGAAAAGGGAACGAGAUCGGUUCCUAUCAAUACCCGACAGCCCCUUCGUCAACGCUGGAAGAGGGCCAUUACUCGUCGCCUGAGAGUAAUGGCAGCAGAAGUGAUGGUAGGGAUCAUGCCGUUCAUUUUUCUUUUACGAGGCGCGACAUUUCGAACAAAUUUGUUGAAGAAUCCUGGUGUAAUCGUUUGGGAAGGUCAUGCCUUUCGUGGACUUUGCUCCUGAUCUUUUUCAUUCUUGUUUUUGAAGGAUGUCUUAUAUACCUUUCUUAUCGAACGAUGUCUCCAGCGGCCGUGCCAAUGUUAAAUCUGUAUGAUUAUAUUGUUGUGGGUGGUGGUCCCUCUGGUAUAAUUGCAGCGACAAAGCUUGCACAAUCCUUUCCGACACUUCAGAUAUUACUGCUCGAGUCCGGGACCGACAGUCAAAGUUCAGUUCUCAAACAACAAUCUAUACUAAAAGAAGGUGCAACAGUCUCCGCGGCCGAAUCUGGUAGCACACUUUGGCAAGAGGACGCUUACCAACUCAACAAAUUUGACGUGCCACUACUGUGGAGCGGCGUCGCAAGCAGUCGAGGUAGACGGGACGUCCUACAUCUGCAAGCCCCGUCUUGGUCCUCCUCGCAUCACUGGCCCAUAGAUAAAACACUUAUGGGGCGUGGUCUAGGCGGAUCCGGGCUGCACAACGCAAUGAUUUACGUCCGUUCGCUGCCGACCGAUUUGGAAGCGUGGAAUGUUACGGGGUGGACCUACGACGAUAUUCUACCCCACUACGUGGCAUUGGAGCAAUACGUAGAGGAUCACAUACCGUCACAGCCUUUUUGGACAAACGAUCAAGGAUCCACAAUUUCGAAGGCAAACUGGCGCGGUACUACUGGUCCGAUACGAACUAUACCUGCCGGUAGUGCGGUGGACGCCUUAGCACCGCUCUUCGUACAAUCGGCAGUUAUAAGUGGCGAACGGUUAGCCAAGCGUGGCUUCAAUCACCCUAGCCCGGCGGCUCGUCUUGGUGCAGGGUACUACGAAUUCAAUAUUCGGCAUGGUGUUCGCGACUCGGUUGCGCACGCCUUGCUCGGAGGACAUAAGGCAGUACCAAGGAAUCUGAUAGUUCGUACAGGUCUGACUGUUACGAGAGUGACAACCAAGCCGAGGCGGAACGAAGUACCGCGAGUGACAGGCAUAGAGUAUUUUCAUAGUGCAACUGGACGGAUGGGGAAAUUUUUGCUGCGUUCGGAUGAUGUUUCCGAAGUUAUCCUGGCGACGGGUGCCAUUAUGACUCCUCAAUUGUUGGCCAACACUGGUAUAAGACCUGGAGGAUCUGUUGUACACCUUCCAGGCGUGGGUCGGAAUUUGCAAGAUCACCCCGUAGUGGCACUCAAAUUUAAACUGGUCGCAGAAAUGGAGCAGGACGCCUCUUCAAUUUAUACUCUUGGAGAUGAAAUGGAAGACUACGUCUUAUCUGUGGCUGGUUUGGAAGAUGGCCAAGCUAAGCAUAAGAAGCUCUCCAACUCAAGUCUCUCUUUGCAGCAAGCUUUGUACAGUCGUCUUGGCACACUGGGAACGGCCGGAUUUUCGGCGGGCGCGUUUUUGCAGUCACCAUUCGCCAAGCACGAUGUUCCCGAUCUUCAAGUGACCGUAUUUCCUCGCGAAAUAGAGCCGCAUGUGACUCGAAAACAAAACGCCAACGAACGAGCCCAAAUGCGGUGCCGGUCUAUGCUGAUCACGGUCGCGCUACUACAACCGGACGCUCGGUACCAGGUUGAACCACUGUUGUCGGAUUUGACUUCAGCCAACGAAAUCUUUGAGCAGACUGCUGAGACAGAGCGAUCAAUGAACGCAUCUGAAUCGUCCGUUCCGUUAACACAUUAUCUUGGAUACAAUCUGCCAUCCAUUGAGCUGCCGGCAGGCCGAUCAGAAUAUUUGUCUAAACGAGAUGUGCGAGUAUUGGCGUGGGGAAUAGAGCGUGUUCGUGCAAUCCAAAAGAUGCCACCAUUAUCGCAGGCGACCGGCGAUGAGCUGGUUCCUGGUGCCGAGCUAGUCGGUGAGUAUUUGGAAAAUCAUAUUCGGGUUGAAAGUAUGCCCAACAGUCACUGGGUCGGGUCGACUAAAAUGGGCCCAGACAGUGAUACUUUGGCUGUUGUCAACGAGCGACUAGCCGUACGCGGAGUACAAGGACUGCGGAUUGUGGAUGCCGGGGUUAUUCCUCAGGUUCCGAAUGGCAAUACGCACAGUACGGUAUGUGUUGUAGCUAGUCGUGGCGCCGAACUCAUUGAGCAAGAUCGACGGAAGGCAAGCCAGCAAUCCAAUAAUCCAAACUGA